AUGCCCCAAAAAACACAGAAUUCCUUCACAGGGUAUGUCCCAUCCUCUAUUUGUCUCCAACAUUCUUCUCCAUUCCUUAGGCUAUUGGAUUUUUCUUCCAAUCUAUUGAAUGGCGACCUUGCUCCUGGGCUAGGGAAGUGUUCUGAACUGCAGGUUUUUCGUGCCGGUCACAAUAACCUCUUAGGAUUAUUUCCAGAAGAUAUCUAUAAAGCUACCAAACAUGAAGAAAUUGCAUUACCUCUCAAUUCACUACAUGGAGCCAUUAGUGAUAAAAUUGUCAACCUCGCCAACCUUGCCAUCCUUGACCUCUCCUUUAAUCAUUUUGGCCACAAGCUUCCUAUCAAUUUGGGGAAGCUCUCCAAGUUGAAGUUUGUGACCUUUGAUUUCAACAAUUUAGUAGGGGUAACGAAGAUGUUGAUGAGUUGCAAAAGUCUUCACACACUCUUGCUUGGUGGUUCCUUUGUGGGUGAGGGAAUGCCAUCUGAUGAUGACAUGGUUGAUUUCGACGGAUUCCAAAAUCUUCAGUUUUUGAGUUGGCUGAUUCUGACAUCACUGGUCAAAUACCUUGGUUAUAUACCUGCUGAGAUCAGCCAAUUGCAGCUUCUCCGCCAUUUGGUUCUUGGCUCCAACAACUUCGCCGGCAUCAUUCCAGACCAAAUAUCUGACCUCCAAAAUUUAGAGAUCUUGGACCUCUCCAUGAAUCACUUGUCUGGAAUAAUCCCAUCAUCAUUGGCGAGGCUUAAUUUCUUGAAAGAAUUUAAUGCCUUGUACAAUAACCUUGAAGGACCAAUACCAACAGGCACCCAACUCCAAAGUUUCAAUGCUUUCACCUUUGAAGAGAAUCCAAAACUUUGUGGUGCCCCACUCCCAAAUAAGUGUGGACCAAGUAAGGGCAUUGAUACAGAUAACAAGAACAAUAAAGACAUGGACAAUAGGCUUCAUCAACUUCCGUGGUUUCAUAUUUUCACUGCGUUGGGGUUCAUAGUGGGAUUUUGGGGAGUGUGUGGUUCUUUUAUUAUUAACAAGACAUGGAGAUACGCAUAUUUUCUAUUUAUAGACAAUCUACAAGAUAGGGUCUAUGUGGUUUGA